ACUGGGACAGAGUACUCGUGACUUGCGUCAGUCUUUACUCACGGAUCGUAUCUUUUGCAGGUUCUCAAUUUUCAAUUUUCAACCCGAAAAAGAUCUCCCUCCGAUGACACCACCCCCGCUGCUGCAGAAAACAGGUGCCGCCGUCUAACUUGUUCCGAAGACAAAAGAUACUCCGCCAGAGCCAACGGAAGCGACGACAAUGAGCACCACUCUCAAGAAUUUGCCGCUAAUACUAGCACUGCUUCUUAUGCUUUCGCAUCUUGUGACUCCCGCCCGUUCCUUUGUCACACGCCAAGCAUUCCUAAUUUCGACCCGAGGAGGCAGCAGUAGCAUUUCUUCUACCGCUACCAAAAUGGCACCCUUUGCUGUUGUGGUAGAAGCCGAGGUCGAUCCCGAUCGAAUGGCAGAGUUCUUGGAAAUGAUCAAAACCAAUGCCGAAAAUUCACGCAAAGAGCCGGGAUGCAUUCGAUUUGAUGUCCUUCGAGACCAGGAAGCCCCCAACAAGUUUAUCUUUUACGAACUGUACAAGGAUCCAGCCGCUGUCGAUUUUCACAAGACACAGCCACAUUAUGCUGCUUGGGCCAAAUUCAAGGAAUCGGGAGGUGUCAUUUCUAGUGUGUCCAAAAAGAAUGACGGAGAGUUUGUGGAAACCUAGCUUCACUGCUACCAUUUAUUUGGAGGCAAUAAACACUUACUAGCUAGAAAACGCAAAAGUAGACUAGGGUAGACGGAUAGCUACACAUUACAAGGAAGAAUAAAAACAUACCAAUCAAUAAACUGAACAAAGCACCAGCUAUUCCGAUGACACCCAGGCAAGCGCAACCAGCGACCACGAAACCACGGAUAUGAGCCCAGCUAGAGCUGCAAGAAGCUGGUGAAAUGCUAGUGUCUAUUUCAAAUCUAAAAUCUAGCUGGCUACAUGUAGC